UAUCUUUUGAGUAAACUUUUUUUUAUUGCAAGUAAUAUUGAGGAUACUGAGUGUUAAUUCUAUCCGAGUCCAUACCGAAAGUUGCUACAUCGAAUGUCUCAACAGCGAAAACGCUGCAUCGGUCAUCAAACCGAUGCACGGUGGAUCGUUUCAUACAAGCUACACGCCGGAAACUCAUUAAUUAAUUAUACUUUUUUUCUAAUCUUAAUGAUGAUUUACAGAUAACAGGGACCUCAAAAAUACCAUUAUGUUAUCUGUGCUGUUACUGAUGAUUUAUCCCAUUAGUAAUUAUCUACCCCAUUAGUAAUGAGGGUAGAAAUGUAUAAAAGGCAAGUAACAUGAAAAAUAAUUCUAUUCGCAAUUUUGCGUCGUUGUGUGAUCUAUUUUUAUAAGUCGUAAGUGUGUGAGCGUGAAAGAAAAAAUGCAGAAUAUUAAUGAAGGACAAAUAGUCUCGAUUUCCAUGAAGGAUCUAUUUGAAGUUUGGGCUUCUGUAAGCCAGACGGAGCGAAAUGAAAGGAUUCUGCAGUUUGUAAUGUCUAAAUCUGUUGUGUCAAGACAUGAGUACUGCAUUGUAAAUCGACUGAAGUCGAAAAUAAGACAUUAUUCAUUGAAAAUUGAAGAAAAAUGGAAGUCAGCGGGAUCCGACAAAGAAAGGUUCCUACUCAGAUAUAAAGACUGGCUUGAAACAGAAUACUUCAAGUUUGACUUUUUGGGAGACAACGAAGAGUUCUCUUCGGAAGACGAAGAACCUUCGGAAGGCGCUACACCUAGUGGAAGCCAUCAAAAGGCUUUUCUCGAGUGCAGUGAUGACGAAAAACGCCAAAGAGUCAAGGAUCACUUCGCCUCGCACGGGCCUUCCCAAUUGUCCUUUGCUGCACAGAUUUAUUAUGGCCACCCGUGCAAGUGGUUCCCACACUGCGGCAGACUACAUUAAUGCAGUUUUCGAUUCUCCAGAGGAGUAAAAACAUUUGAGGAAAGCCCAGGAGCUUUUGAAGUCGCGGCGUUAGUACUGACGUGAGGAAGCACUUGCUUUAUAGACGCUAAGUUAACUAGAAAUAAUUAGAAUUAUAGUUUUAAGGAGUUUUUUUGUUAUACUAGUUAGGUUUUAGUCAAAUAAUUUAAGUUGAUUAUUUCUUAUUUUUUCAAUUGAACAUUAAAUUAUUUUCAUCAAA